GCUAUGCAUAUACAGAUUAUGCCAUUUCGUGUGUGAUGGCCCUAAGAAGAAGUAAAAAGAACGAGCCGAAUGUUGCUUAGUAGAAAUGGUAGAAAAGUUAAACCAGUUGAUAUAAUGAUACGGGAAGUACGAAGUAUCAAUCACUGAAUCAUGAUCACAUUAAGGAAAUAAAAGAUAUACCAGUUAAAUGUUACGCAAGGUGUUGCUAAGGUUGACAAUCCUGGCAUUACUUUUAAUAGCCUUUUACUACUAUCAAACAUCUGAUGGUGAACAUUGGUUCGUGUUCAACUUCCAAAGAAGAAAUGCAAACCUGGCAAAUUUCACACUUGUCUCAGUAUCAACCACUUAUUCCAACAAUUACUUGUCUUCAACAAGCACUUUGCCACGAAAUAAGACAAGUUAUUACAAUGUAUGGUGCAUUUUUACUAAAGUUGCCUCAAACUCACCCAUGAGACGCAAGUUCCAAAUAUUCAUCAACUCCUUGCUCAAAUUUGCUUCUGUAGACAUUGCUUUUCAUGUGAUAAGUGACGAUGACAGUCAAGACAUAGCUGCAACUGUUAUUAAAAAUGUUAUGAUUAGCACUGGGAAAUUUAUGGAAACCUCAUUUCGCAUCGUAAACAAAGGGAAAAUGUAAAACAGAGCAAUUAUGGAUCUUGUCGCGGGCUGUAAACUAGAGGAUAUGGAGUGGACCUCUAUUUGCCUUGAAAACUCGAUUUUCCCUUUGAUGCAGUAAUUAAUUGAAUUGUGUCUCUAUGUUAUAGAAGAAAAAGAUUAAAUUAAUGUCUAGAGGUACUGAGAACUUUUAAUUUGUAAAGUUCGUCCAGAGUUAAUCUCGAGAUUAAAACUACUUUGACCCGUAUUAUAAAUUACAGAAUUGUUAUUGAUGUUUGAUACGACGCUUGCUACAAAAGUACUUGCUCUAUUUGAUAGUUUCUAAUUUUACACUAUAAUGGCUCAUUACAAUAAUUUUUCUUGAUACAAUGCAGUUUGCUUUUUUGAAAUUAUGUAUCCCUUACUGAAGCAGUAAAAUUCUGAAGUGCAAUUUUCCAAUCCGCAUUCAGUGCUCAUCUUCGUAAGUCGUAUUAUCAAUUUUUUAUUUUUUGCUUCAAUAAACUGUUUAACUCAUUAAGGCCACUCUAGGAUUUAAAAAAAUCGAUUUUUUUGCUUAAAAGGUGCCUUAAUACUUUAAAAAUAAUAUACCAAA